AUGCGACCAGCCCAUAGCCUGGGUCGUACGACCUCCCUUGCCCGGCCUCGGGUCUCUGGGCUAUCGCACCAGUACCGACUAUCACGGGCAUACAACACCACACGCAUUCGCCCAUCACCACCGUCACGACCAUGCUUGACGAACACGACACGACGCUCUUUUGGCCUCCCCUCGCUCUCCUCCUUCCUCCCUUCAACACCGAACGGCAACGAUAAUGGUAGUUCACCCAAGCGUGUUCUCACAGCCACGCGCAUGCUGCCUUACUCCCCACCUCUGCUAUUCAAAGUGAUCUCCUCGGUCGAAUCCUACUCGCAAUUCCUCCCCUUCCUCACAGCCUCGACCGUCACGGCCCGCGAUACUCAAAGUGGACACCCUACGCAAGCCUUCUUGACCGUCGGAUAUGGUCCACUUAGUGAGACAUUCACAUCGCGCGUGGACUGCGACCCGGUCAAGUUGACCGUUGAGGCGCGGAGUGGAGCGAAAUACGGCAAGCCAGACGGCCAGAGCAGCCAGAGCAGUGGAUCGAGCGGGUUCUUCCCCGGUGUCAAUGAAGGCAUUUUCGAGUACCUCUCCACGCGCUGGGAAUUGGUGCCAUUGGCGCCGGCGGACGCAAAGGGUGGGCCGCAGACCAAGGUCAACCUAGAGGUGCGCUUCGAGUUCCGCAGCCAGCUACAUGCAACGGUUAUGGGUGCUGUCGAGGGACAGAUGGCUGGCGUCAUGAUUGAGGCGUUUGAGAAGCGCAUUCACGAGAUGCAUGACAAGAACCAAUAG